UCCCGAUUCAUUUCUCCAGUGACAGCGGAAUGCCCCGGAGUAGGUGGGAAUCUCUGGAUUCCUCGCGGAGUCGUGACUUCUCUCUUCUUCUUUCUAUAUUUAGUUCUGUGGCCGUGGUGUUGAUAUCUUUAUUGUUCACCAUGGAUAUUGGCGAAUUAUUAUCCUAUAAGCCUCCCAAUACGCCAAAACGUCCAGGCCCAGGUGAAGAAGAUGACGACGAUGAAUGGGAGAAUACUAAAAGACCUAAAAGAGUCAUUAAAACUCCCUACCAUGCUCGUCAAAGACAAGUACGUGAAACCGAUGUUACUCCUAUCAGAACCAACGAACCACCGACACCGAUCAGAGCAGCUCUUCCAGCACCAGAAAACGAUGUCGUGGAACCUCAGUUAACGGAAAAGGAGAAGCAGGAUAUUUUAAAAUAUGUGGAAACGGAAGCACCUGAGGUAGAAGCCUUGGACGAAGCAACUCUAAAAAGAAUGGUACUUUUAUUUGAAAAACGAGCACUAAGAAAUCAAGAGAUGAGAGUUAAAUUUCCAGAUCAGCCAGAAAAGUUCAUGGAAUCAGAGGUUGAGUUACAUGAAACUCUGCAAGAACUUCAUGCAGUUGCAACAAAUCCUGAUUUAUAUCCUUCGAUGGUGGAAUUAGGAGCGGUACCUUCUUUGAUGGAAUUACUUUCUCAUGAAAAUACAGAUAUUGCAGUUGGAAUUGUGGACCUCUUGCAAGAACUUACAGAUGUCGAUAUUUUACACGAGAGUCAAGAAGGAGCGGAUGCACUUAUAGAUGCCCUUGUCGAUCAGCAAGUCUGUGCACUUCUUGUGCAAAAUUUGGACAGGCUCGAUGAGACGGUUAAAGAAGAAAGCGAUGGAGUUUUCAAUACAUUAGCUAUAUUUGAAAAUCUUUUGGAGUUCAGACCAGAAUUAUGCUCCGAUGCAGGGCAACAAGGCCUGAUGCAGUGGCUGUUGCGUAGAGUAAAAGCAAAACUUCCUUUUGAUGCUAAUAAAUUAUAUGCCAGUGAGCUUCUUUCGAUACUACUGCAGCAAACUCCUGAAAAUCGAUUACUGCUUGGUGAUCUUGAUGGAAUAGAUGUUUUGCUACAACAACUAGCCUAUUACAAGAGACACGAUCCUCAGACUGCAGAAGAACAAGAAAUGAUGGAAAACUUAUUCAACGUAUUGUGCUCUGCAUUGAUGGCUACAGUGAAUAGAGACAGAUUUCUUCGAGGAGAAGGACUGCAAUUAAUGAAUCUCAUGUUGCGUGAAAAAAAGCUGUCUCGUAACGGUUCUCUCAAGGUUUUAGAUCAUGCAAUGAACGGACCCGAUGGCAAAGAUAAUUGUAGUAAAUUUGUGGAUAUUCUCGGACUGAGGACAAUAUUUCCUCUGUUUAUGAAAACACCCACAAAGAACCGAAAGAGGAUGCUUACAGCAGAAGAACACGAAGAACACGUAAUCUCCAUUAUAGCUAGUAUGUUAAGAAAUUGUAAAGGUCAGCAACGACAAAGACUGCUUAGUAAAUUUAUGGAGAAUGACUUCGAAAAAGUCGACAGGUUAAUGGAAUUGCACUUCAAGUAUCUCGAAAAAGUAGAAGAUGUGGAGAAAUCAGCAAAGGAGGAAGAUGACGAGGAAGAAUCAUAUUUAAGAAGGCUCGAUGGGGGCCUGUUUACUCUUCAACUAGUGGAUUACGUACUUCUUGAAGCUUGCACUGGAUGCGUACCUGCUAUUAAACAGCGAGUGACAAGGAUUUUGGCACAGAGGCGAGCGUCUCUCAAAACUAUUCGACAUAUCAUGAGGGAGUAUGCAGGCAAUCUGGGUGAUGCAGGUGACACAGAAUGGAGAGAAGCUGAGCAGCAACAUAUAUUACAAUUAAUCGAUAAGUUUUGAUAUUCGCGCCUGCACUUUUACGGUAAGAGUGUUAUUUUAUACUUCGAUCAUGCUCACCGGUAUGCCAGUAACGAAUUUAUUAUUCGAUACAAGCUUUAUCGGUGAGAUUCUGACAGAAUGUGAAGAAUAGUGGUGUAUGAUCCGCGAAAAUACGAAAUCGUCCGACUUUAUAGAACAAUUUUGUGUAAAUAUCGAGCAGUUUCCAGUAAAAUGUCUAGAUAAUUA